AUGAGGAGCAACACUGGUCUGCAUCUGUGGGGCCAUCAGCAGCUAACCAACUUCAACUCACCGCCAGCUGAGCGUCCAGAAGUGAUGAAGUUGAUUAAUGUGCAUACUCUUGAGAUUGAAACAUUCAAUGCAGGAGAUCAAGUUCCAAGAUACGCCAUUCUAUCUCAUACAUGGGGCCGCGACGAGACCAGCUUCCAAGAAUGGAUCACAAAUUUCGGCAACCCCUCACCUGAGUAUCUGGAGAAGGAUGGGUACCUGAAGAUCAUCAAUGCUUGCUCAAAAACACGGGAUGACAAGCUGCGUUACCUCUGGGUAGACACUAUCUGUAUCGACAAAUCGAGCAGCGCUGAGCUUUCCGAGGCGAUCAACUCUAUGUUUGCGUGGUACGAACGGGCUACCGUCUGUAUUGUAUACAUGGCUGAUGUUGAGUGGGAGGAUGAUCUCAUUCAUAAGAUUCACACCAACCAAUACUCAAGCUUUGGCUCAAGUCGAUGGUUUACACGAGGGUGGACUUUACAGGAGUUGUUAGCUCCCCGGAAAGUCUUUUUCUUCACCAAGGAAUGGACAGAGAUCGGCACCAAAUCUGAACUAAUGUUCAAAAUCUCAAAGAUCACCGGCAUCGACGUUAGUUACCUCACCGACACUAGAAGACUCUGGUCGGCAAGCAUUGCCGCACGUAUGAGCUGGGCAUCCAAUCGACAAACAACGCGACCUGAAGACAUGGCUUAUUGCCUGCUCGGCAUCUUCGACAUCAACAUGCCGCUGUUGUACGGAGAGGGUUCGCGGGCUUUUCUACGGCUGCAAGAGGAAAUCAUCAAGUCCGCCGACGACCACACCAUUUUCUGCUGGACUUGGGAUGCAGACAAGACGCCUGAUCAAUGGCAGAGCGUUCUGGCCCCAUCUCCAUCAGUCUUUUCAAAUUCAGGCUCUUUCGUGGCCACGCACAGAAACUUUGAGAGCGCGCCAUAUCAAGUCACUAAUGUCGGAUUGCGCAUCAAGCUUCCUGUGGUAGCUGCAGUCAACUGUCUCUGCGCCAUGCUGUCCGUCAUUAGCACAGAUGAUGCGGACCCGGAGCACAAACGAAUGAUGUGCCUGCCUCUAAUGGAAGAAGGCCACAUUUACCGAAGAUGCCCGUUCCCUAGUCGCCCAUUUCCCGUACACCGAUCUAUGGUAUGCGAGACUAAGGAAAUGUACCUUCUAUACAAGAUUUCGAGGAAUACAGAGGAUCUCAUGCCAUGGCCGUAUCGCCAUCUGUUUGAGUAUGGCUUUCACAUCAACAUCCUCGAUGAAUCAUUUUCCACAGAUAUAAACAGGCAAAUGAUUACCUCAGUCGACUGCUUGGUACCUCAGCAUAAGCAGACACCCACAUCGCACGCUUGA